AUGCCAACGUCAACCACCCCCCCUGCUCGGACACCGCGAAGCAACUAUGCGGAGCCUCACACUCCGAUUGCCUCAGCAAAAAGGCCGCGCAGCAUGGAUAAGAGUAUGAUGAGUCCUGGAGGGCAGAAGCCCGGUCUCCCCACUACUCCAUUAAUUCCGAUGGAUGGAACCGCAGAGGAUCCUACCAAGACACCUAUCACCAAGAAGGAGACAUUGGAUAGAAAUCAAAUGAGUCCUAUGCACCCUCCCCGUCCAUUAGUCGUUCACGAGGAAGGAGGGGACGAAGACAAUACCGACUCUGUCAGCCGGAAAACGGAUGCAUUGUUCAGUCCUUUGCUGAGUUUUCUCGGAAAAGAAGGGGAAGAAGGGGAAACACCGGAAGACGCUCCAGCACCAAAGGAAGAUGUGCCAGCAGAAGAAGAAACCGAGAACCCUGAAGAGCAGGAACCAGGGGUGAGACAGAACGAUAAUGAUGUUGAAUCAGAGGAUGAACAGUUGGUGGAAGACGACGGAUCUUCUCAGGAAUCUGAAGACGAUGAAUUCAAUCCUUACGUUUUUAUCAAGUCUCUUCCACCGUAUGACUUGGUUGCACCGCUACGCCCACCAGUUGCGCUACCCCCCAAGGCAAAGAAUGCGCCACCCAUCAGUCUCGUGCUUGAUCUGGAUGAGACUCUUGUUCACUGUACUGUAGAACCUGUGGAGGAUGCCGACCUUGUAUUCCCUGUUGACUUUCAUGGCAUGACUUAUCAAGUUCAUGUGCGAUUGAGACCCUAUUUGUUUGAGUUUUUGGAGAAAAUUAAAGACAAAUACGAAGUCAUAGUUUUUACCGCAAGCCAAAAGGUUUAUGCUAAUGAAUUACUCAACCUAAUUGAUCCAGAGGGCAAAUACAUUCAACACAGAAUGUACAGAGAGUCUUGCCUCGCCGUAGAGGGCAACUUUUUAAAGGACUUGAAUGUUCUGGGUAGAGACUUGGCAACCUGUGUCUUGGUGGACAACUCUCCCCAUGCGUUUGGCUACCAGGUAGACAAUGGAAUUCCAAUUGAGUCUUGGUUCGAUGACCCAAAAGACUCAGAGCUACGAAAGUUAGAACGUUUCUUGCGGACGCUUCACGGGGUCAAGGAUCUACGUACAGUUAUUCGAAAGACAUUCCAGACACAUCGACUUGUGGAGGAGUCCUAG